CGAACUCUAUUUUUCACGAUUUAACCAUUCAGUCAAUCCAAAUUCCUUGAUUUAUCAUUCAUGGAAAGAUAUUUUCAAUGCACGGCUGCGAUUCAACGUGAGUUUGUGUUCGUGCUAAUCCGAAUUCGAAUCGGUACAAAAGGACAAAAUGUAAAUUGCGCAGAUGUGGGAGUUCCAUUUUCGUGUUUUUUAUUUUUCUGGGUAAAUUUCUUUGUUUCCUUUCCCGCUUCAUUUCCAUAUAUGUCUCUCUUUCUCUCUGAGGAGGCGGAAUCUGGUGAAUUUACCAGAAAAUUAUCAAUAUUGUAUAGCUGAAAACUGUAGUAGGGUUUUGGAGGAAUCUCGUUGACAAUACUCCAUUAAAAUUUGGAUAUUAAAAGACCCGUCGAAAUAUGGAAUCCGACUUGGAAUAUGAUGAGCAAGCAAGAUGCAGGAAACUGGCACAGUCUUCAUCUUUCUACCGCUCAGUGUAUUCAGAGGUAGAAGAAGUUGGAUGGGAACGUCUGGUAAAGUUGGAUGAAGACCUAACCUCUGUUAGCUUCCGUAUCUUAGAUAUGAAGGGACGAGUUCAUAUCAUGGAAAUACAGUUGCCACAAAAUUAUCCUAAAUGUGCACCUUCAAUUGCAGCGGAUAUGCCUUACAUCUGUGAGUUAAAGUGGUCAAUAAACUCAAGAUUGAGAGAUAUUGUGCACCAAUUUCGUGAGCAUUUGGAGAACCUUCAAGGAUUCUGGUCUACCAUGGAAAACAUUGACAGAACUCUUUGGGUUAUUGAUCCAAGACAGCCUGCCCGCUCUACAUCAUUUCGCAAGAUCAACCUAGGAAAUGAUUGCAGAGUAGUGUUGUCUAUAGAUGCCUUGGAUCCAAGGUCUUUACCAGAAUGUCGCUUUUUGGGUCCACAUUUGGUGGUAGAUUCCAUGAUAAAGAAAUGGAGGAGAAAUAGCAAAAGAUGGAUGAAGGACAAACCAUUCAAUGAAAAUCUUGCAAGUACAUUGGAAAUGCCACUACCAGGACCUCAAGAUGUCCAAAAGGAUGAUAAACAAGUUGAAUGUGGGAUAUGUUAUGCUCAGUAUCUUCCAGUUGAUGAUGAGCUUGGAGCUAGGAGUGGAAGUGGUCCCGACUAUGCUUGUGAAAAUAUAAAAUGCUGUAAGGCAUUCCAUAGCGUGUGUCUUGCAGAUUGGCUGCGUUCCAUCACAACAACACGACAAUCAUUUGAUGUGUUGUUCGGGAAUUGCCCAUACUGUUCAGAGCCAGUUGCAGUCAAAGUUAACACCAAAGGCUAGUAGUAUAUAUGGUAUGGCAUAAGGUUUAUUGUGUUCUGGAACCUCCUAGUCCUAUGACAGUAAUUAUACCGGGAUAUGUUGAAUACUUUUAGUGUAAAUUUUGUAUCCAAUAUACUGUAUCAGUAUCUGUGUCCUUGCCUU